AUGAAGUUUUUUGCCGCUCUCGCUCUUGUGGCGAGCAUUACGCCAGCAUUAGCGAAUGUUGUCGCUCGUCAAACAAAGGGAAAACUCCCUGCCGUCACAGUAAAGGGCAAUGCCUUUUUCGCAGGCGACAAGAGGUUCUACGUUCGCGGUGUUGCUUAUCAGCCAGGUGGUGCCGCAGACGCGCAGGAUCCUCUUCUUGACAUCCCGAGCCUGAAGCGUGAUGUCGAAAACUUCAAGUCGCUCGGUAUCAACACGAUUCGCAUUUACACAAUCGAUAACUCGAAGAACCAUGAUGAGGGCAUGAAGUUGCUUGACGACGCUGGUAUCUACUUGGCUCUCGAUGCCAACACGCCGAAAUACUCGCUCAACCGUGAGAGUGCUCAAACUCUCCACCGCUCAUACAACGACGUCUAUCUGCAGUCUGUCUUUGCUACCAUCGACGCCUUCGCUAACUACAACAACCUACUCCUCUUCUUUUCCGGCAAUGAGGUCAUCAACGAUAAGAACAACACCAAUGCGGCGCCGUUCAUCAAGGCCGUCACCCGCGACAUGAAGCAGUACAUCUCCAACAAGCACUCGCGUACCAUUCCCGUCGGAUACUCUGCCGCUGAUGUUGCCGAGAACAUCGAGUUGCAAGCCCUGUACUUCAACUGCGGCACCGACGAUGAGCGUUCAGACUUCUUCGCCUUCAACGACUACUCGUGGUGCGACCCCUCCUCGUUUACCAUCUCGGGCUGGGACCAAAAGGUCAAGACGUACAAGGACUACAGCAAGCCCAUCUUUCUGUCCGAGUUUGGCUGCAUUACCAACAAGCGUCAAUGGGGCGAGAUUGCGUCUUUGUACCACAGCAACAUGACUAGCGUCUACUCUGGUGGUCUUGUCUACGAGUACACUGUUGAGCCCAACGGCUACGGCAUUGUCAAGAUCGAGAACGGCAAAAUCACACCCAACGAGGACUUUGACCGCCUCAAGGAAGCGUACAAGAAGACUGCCAACCCCAACGGUGACGGCGGGUUCAAGCAGAGUGGCUCUGCUUCUCAGUGCCCCCCUGGAUCUGACGAUUGGAACGUCAAGACCAACACCUUGCCCGCCAUCCCCAAGGGCGCGACCAAGUACAUGAACGAUGGAGCUGGUAAAGGUCCUGGCCUUGCUGGUUCCGGCUCGCAUUUUGCUGGUAAAGCGAGCGAGUCCACUGCUACUGCUGGAUCUGGCAACCCUACCCGCACUCCCGAUGGUAGCUCUAGUGCUAGCGGCAGCACCAGCCAGGGUGCCGCUGCUGGUGUUGAUGUUCCCGUGCGAUUCAUGGGUAUGGUAGCUGCGAGUGUUCUCCUUGGCGCUGUGCUAUUAUUUUAG